AUGGAUUCUUUCAGGCUCAAAGCACUAUUCGCAACUCUUAUAGCCAGUAGUGGGUUUGCUCAAGCGCAAUGCCCAGCUGUAUGGACAGACGUUGCUACAGACUUAAAGGAAACCUUCUUGGACGGCGGCGGGAAGUGUACCGAUAAUGCUCGUGCGGCAAUUCGACUUGCGUUCCAUGAUUGCUUUCCUGGUGCCUGUGAUGGGUCGAUCAUAUUGGCGAACGAAUGCACCGAUCGUGGUGAAAACACCCAGAUGGUUGAUAUAUGUUCGACAUUAGGUGAUAAGGCAACGCAAUUCAGUGUUGGCACUGCGGAUAUGAUUCAGUUUGCUGCAGCAUAUGGAAUAGCGUCUUGCCCUGGUCUACCUGCGAUAUCGGUGAAAGUUGGCAGAGUAGAUUCAUCCGAAGCAAAUCCCACAGGCCAGAUGCCCGGCGCCAAUGACAACGCUGCAUCGAUAGUGUCCGCGUUCGCGGCAAAAGGCUUCUCAGUUACCGAGUUGGUCGCUUUGGUUGGAGCUCAUAGCGCUGCCAAGGACCUGAACGGAAACGCGCUUGACACAACGGUACAAGAGAUGGAUACCAACUUCUAUACUGAGACCGCAGAAGGAAGCGCGCCUACUAGUUUGAACAGCGACAAAUUCCUAAGCAAUUCGACAGAAACAAGCUCUGACUGGAAUUCUUUUGGUUCUGAUGCCGCAGCAUGGGCUGCCGCUUUUGUGCCAGCGAUGGAAAAGCUAAGCCUGCUCGGUAACGACGAGGCCAGCCUAACAGAUUGUUCUAGUGUGAUCACAGAGGCGUUCGCCUAA